CAUGACGUCCACACAUCAUGGCUUCCAUAAAGCAGACAGGAUGCCCGUGUUGUUAUUGUAUGGUUCACUUUCUCCACGGCUCUGGCUCUGAGGUUUAGGACAAAAUAUAAAAACCAAACAACAAUCCAACGAACAUCCGGAAUCCACCUAAGAUCUGGCAACAGCGCUGGUGUGAGCUCUGCCAGCCACAGUGAGUUGUUACGCCAGGUCCGCCUGCCUCCGGCUCUCAGUGCCGGGGAAGUGACGGUGAUUCCUACACUUCUGCUCGGCCAUUGCUCCACUCUAAAGACUUCAGACUGUGAGAAGUGGGGUGAUGAAAUAUUCUGUUCCUGCGCUGCUCCGACCAGCAGGUGGCAGAAGGGAACAGGAUUCGUUUUACGUCAGUGACCUUGCCCUGCAGUUACAGGGUCAAACCACCACCCACGUUGCUCAGAACAAAAACACUCAGAGACACACACACGCAGAGUUACACUCCCUGCUUCUGUCUCACACGCUUUCACGGUCACGUUAAGGCAGAUAAAGAAGAACUGAAAAACAAGGAAUCAGCAGAAGGAGUGUAGCCAAAGGGAGACCACCCGUUUGUUCCUGUAAACAAGUGUGUCCGAUGGGUGGAGGAGCCACCCGGCUGUACAGCGCUCUGACUCACGCCAUCAGCAGCAGCUCUCCUCUCCCCCUCCCUCCUUCCCCGCUGGACCCCCAACAGCCUGCGAACACAAACCUGGAUCCAGACUUCUGCCAGGAGCAGAGGGGGUCCCCUGUCUGUCCCCCGGAUCCAGUGGAGCUGCUCCGACAGUGUGAGGAGGCCCUCAGGGACCGACCACCUCGCCUCCACAGGAAGUUCGUUUACCUCAAUGAGGGUAGCAGCGCCCCCAGCAGCCCCAUUCGGGUGAUGCAGUGGAACAUACUGGCACAAGCUCUGGGUGAAGGACUCGACAGUUUUGUCCAGUGUCCCCUGGAGGCUCUCAGCUGGUCCCGCAGGAAGUACCUCAUCCUAGAGGAGAUCCUCACCUACCGACCUCAUAUCCUGUGUCUGCAGGAAGUCGACCACUACUACGACACCUUCCAGCCGGUUCUGGCCAGCCUGGGUUACAGCAGCAGCUUCUGCCCCAAACCAUGGUCGCCCUGUUUGGAUGUAGAGGGCAACAACGGGCCGGAUGGCUGCGCGCUGUUCUAUGACCUGUCGCGAUUCGAGCUGCUGGACAGCAUGAACAUACGCCUCUCUGCCCUGAGGAUUCCAACCAAUCAGGUUGCAGUAGUGACGAUGCUACGCUGUCGGAGCACGGCGAGAUGCGUGUGCGUGGCAGUGACCCACCUGAAGGCCCGUGUGGGCUGGGAGUGGCUGCGCAGCGCUCAGGGCUCCGACCUCCUGCGACAGCUCCAGAACCUGGUCCAGAAACACGCCGGCGGUCCCACGGGUGACCUCAGCGCCGACAUUCCUCUGCUCAUAUGCGGCGACUUCAACGCGGUCCCAACUGAGGAGGUAUACAGACGUUUUAUCACAUCACCUCUCAGUUUGGACUCUGCCUAUAAGAAACUCAGCAAAGACGGGUUGUCGGAGCCAGAGUACACGACGUGGAAGAUCCGGCCGACAGGGGAAUGUUGUACCACUCUGGACUACAUCUGGUACAGUCGGGACGCACUGAGAGUGGACGCUGUGUUGGACAUGCCCACUGAGGAACAGAUUGGACCAAACAGGCUUCCAUCCUUUAGCUAUCCUUCUGACCAUCUCUCUCUGGUUUGUGACUUCAGCUUUAAGGAGGGAGAGUGAAGUGUUGAAUCUGCUCAUGAGAAGGGACGACGAGUCAAUAUUGGCUCUUGGUUGGUUUCCCCUCCACGAGCAGGCGCGGACAAGGCGCCACGUGUUAGCGAAACGAUGAAUGAUGACAGGAGGCCGAGUGGAAAGCGGAGAAGUCUGAGAUUGUAAUGGCAGUGCAGUUGUCCAUUAUCACGCUGCAGUGAUGCUGCAGUGAUCUCCCUAAACUCUGAUACUGUGUUUUCCACAGCAGCUCACUCAGUCACAGUGAAACUAAUGAGUAGGAGUUUUUUCUUUUGUUCAAAUAAAAUGUUUUAAAAGUGUUUCAUUACUAUGUGCUACAGAUCUGAUGAGAAUAAAGUAUUUCUGCUGUG